AUGAAAGCCCUGAACGCGUCCGACUUCUACGCUCUGUCCAUGGAAGACGAGGGCAUGGUGCUGCUCCGUGCGUUCACGGACGUGAGUCCUGCAUCGCCCACCGGCGUCGUGUCCAUCGAGGAGAGACAAAGGGAGAAGAAGAACAGCAGCAGCGGACUCAACGUUCCUUCGAGGCGCAUUUUCGCGCAUCUUCCGCCCAUCAAUCCACACCAGUUCGUUUUGCUACUUGACGUCGAGUGUGCCGCUGGCGAGAAGGCGUGCGCGGUGCUGCAGCACCUCGUGCACGACAGGCAGAUCCCUGCGAGGAAUAUCUACUUCGCGACGAUGAUCAGCGCCUUCGAGGGGCUCCAGAACGUGCUCCGGCACUUCUCAGAUGUGUCGCUCGUCACCGCCCAGGUAGACACCGUGCUGGACGAGCAGCAGCGAAUCCGCCCGGGCAUCGGGGACUUCGCCCAGCGCUUCUGGAACGUCAGCCCCGCGUCGUCGUCGUAG